AGUAAGUUCUGACUGAAGGUAAUUAAUUUGAGAAUUAAAAAUCGAAGAAGCUCUCAGGCCCGAUUUUGCACUCUCGUUUUGGCUUCUUGCUCAAUCACCGGGAACUGCCCGAUCCUUUCAACCCUCCACCAAACUAGCAACCUGCUUUGGACGGAUAACACUUAGUGGCAGCAGAGGGAGGAAGCGUUCGACGACUAUUCUUACUUUUCUUCCGCCCACAACACAUAUAAAGCAAGCCCCAACCUCAGAAUCACCAUUGGCAGCCAGAGCAGAUCUAUUAUAUAUAAUCUUCGCAAGCGACAGGGGGACGUGGUGCUGGUCUUAUCCGGCGUCGGGUGCCUCAUCUCCGAUCUCUAAACCGUCUCGCCGUAGCCGUCGAAAGCGCCUCCUCCCAUGUCCAACUAAGGCGGUUCUAGGGUUUUUGUGGUUGUUGGAUCUCCUUUCAAAUUUGGGCCUUAUUCCCAGGCCUUGGCCCAUUAACAGAAACUUGUGUCCAAAUCCAAGAAACAUAUGGUUCAGGUCCAGUGUGCUGUCUUUGCCGAACCAACUCGACAUGGUGUUCCGACCCUCUCUGUUAGAUGGCUACAGUUUCCAUCGGAGGUUUGGCUUGAACCCAUGGUUCGAGCAUUGGUUGUGUAUCUCUGAUACCUUGGUACCAUAUUAUCCUCUACUCAAGCUUUGUCAAGACUUACUCUCAUUAAACCGUCUUCGACGUUGUGACGAUGGGCAUCGAUCUCAUCUGCCCAGGGUUGAGCAUUGUUGUUCUGACCCUAGUCAAGGUGGGUGUCAAAGCUUCUUGUGCUGUGAUUUGUUUGUACUGGUAGGGGUUUGGAGUAUAGUAGCUAAACCCGUGAAUGAUAUUUUGAUAUCAAUCUCACGUUCUCUAGUUCCAAUCAUAUCUACUUGGUCAAGUCGAGGGCUCCUUGGUAGUAGUAUAUUGUGUUCUUUAGAAUGGUCUGAGCUAUAUCCAUGUCAAGGCCAGCCGAUAAGCAGUGUUCGGAUGUUUUCUUUGCUGAGUUCUAAGUUGGAAUAUGAUCCAUCAAUCUGUUUGAUUCUGAAGCUUACACCCUUUGUCCCCAAUUGCCACACAUCGCCAACUGAUAAGAAGCUCGGGUUGUUAUCUUAACUCAGGACCAAAUUGGCUGCCAGCUUUGUGUAAAUUUCCUUAACCUCCAUGGCCAUGAGCUUCAUGUGAGGGAGGACUCACCUGUUUUGCUACGGUUUGGUAUCCACCUCUUGCAAUCCCCGGUGAAAGCUCCUACUAGAGACAUGGGUUUCGGUCUGAAAAUGCCAAAGGACUUCGCUCCAACCACCUUACCUCUCAUGUAGGCGAGAUACCCGUCUAGUGUUUCCACUAUGGAGCACUCGCUUCAAAGCUCGAUGGCGUCAACCGCUAGAGCCACUUAUGAUCACUUGUUGGCCAAGGACUUCACGAAGCAUGCCUUCAUGGUCGAAUCCACUUUGGUACCAAUAGAUUCUUCAAAUAUUAUAAAACUUUUAAGUUUUACGAAUCUCUUUGCAGAACUCAUGGAACCUUUAUCCUUCUUUCCUUUACUCAUUGUGAUGUAUGUUGUAAGAACCCACCUCUUUAUGAGGCUUUGAUUUGAAUGAAAGCCCUUGUUUGAUCAA